AAACGAGUGAUUCUCUUCUCCCCCAUCAUUUUAAGAAAAGAAGAUUUCACAAAUAUUUGGAUAUAUGUGUAUUAUACCAAUAAGUAUACGCAGGUUCGCGAUCGUAGCAAAAACUUAUUCGAAAUAGUGCAGUGGUGGUUCAUAAAGAAAAAAGUCGAUUCAACAUAUUAUCCUGUGUUUUUGAGAAAAAAUAAAAUAAAAUGAACGAGACAACGAAUUCGUCUUUUACAGUUGCUAACGAAGAAAAAGAUACCAGAGACGAGAACCUUGCUAAAUGGGAAAUAGUGCUAUUAGCGAAUAUAUUAAUUUUCACUAUCUUUGGAAAUAGUUUGGUAUUGUUGUCUUUAUAUUUAAGAAAAUAUCGUGCCCAUAAAAAACUCAGUAGGAUGUAUUUCUUCAUUAUGAAUCUUAGUAUAGCAGAUUUAUUGACAGGUCUGCUCGACGUCCUACCUCAGCUUGCUUGGGAUAUAACUUUUAGAUUUCAGGGUGGGCUGGUGCUCUGUAAGUUGGUGAAAUUCUUUCAACCAUUCGGCCUUUAUUUGAGCUCUUACAUUCUAACAGCAACGGCGAUCGACAGAUAUCACGCAAUUUGUCAUCCUUUAAGUUAUUGCAGCGUUACAUCAAGACAAUCUAGAAUAAUGGUUUAUUGCGCUUGGUCCUUCGCAUUGAUUCUCUGCAUACCUCAAUUAUUCGUGUUUUCGUAUCAAGAAGUAAUGCCAAGAAUUUGGGACUGCUGGGCAACUUUUGACAUUCAGUUUGGUGAAAAAGCUUACGUCACGUGGUACAGUCUAAUGGUCUUUCUCUUACCAUUCAUCGUUCUCGUAUAUACCUAUGUUGGAAUCUGUGUUGGUGUGUGGCAAAGUAAUAAGAUGUCCGGUGCCGUCGACGAUAGAGCAUAUAUUAGAAGCAUCAGCAAUUAUUCUCGUAAUCGAAGUUCAUUUAUCUCUAAGGCGAUGAUCAAUACCGUUAAGCAAACUAUAGCUGUAAUCACUCUCUAUGCUAUAACAAGUAUUCCGUUUAUUGGAUGCGAACUCUGGGUAAGCUGGGAUACCAAAGCUUUCGAAUCCUCUUUCGCAAAUGGCCCCGCGUUCACGAUCCUAGCCCUUUUAAACAGUUUAACCAGCUGCGUUAAUCCAUGGAUAUAUUUAUCAUUUAAUCGAGAACUACGUCAGACGCUAAUGAAUUAUUUCUGCAAUCGUAAUGAGCAUUCGCAGAAAUAUUACGGUCAGAGAAUGAUGCGUCGCAGUGACUCGAACGACACGUCGACGAGGAUAUCGUUGAUGUCAAGGAUAUCGCGAUAUACUAGUUCAAUAAUUCGCCGUUAACGAAGAGGACUCAACGAUAUAUAGGAGCGAAAUAAAAUCAAAAUGCACAUUCUCGUCUCUUUUUGGCGAUAGGAACAAGUGUGUCGUCGGGAAAAAAUAUUAAUUAGUUUUUUAUUAUGAUCGAUACGUUAAGGAAAUAUUUUAUUUUUUUUUUAUACCACUCCGACGUAAACGCACUCUAGCAAAUAGGCGCAUUCACAAUUUUUGUACUUUUUAUAUACAUAUCCAUUACACAUGUGCAUUACGCUCGAAAGCUCAUAAAAAUUCAAAACCGAUGUAUAAUAAUAUUAUAUUAUACAUACAUAAGUGUGUACUUGCGUGUAAAUAGGAAUUUAUACAUGCAUAUAUAUUAUUAUAUGUACAUGAUGUACAUGCUUGUUUUGCGUAGUAAAAUGAGACGAAAAAGAUUCGAUUUGAAGCGUGCUCACGUUGAAGUAUUUUUGAGGACGUUUUCAACUCGUAAUUUCCAUCGUUUCCUCUUUUCAACGAACGACAUUCUUACCGAACUGUUAUACUUACACGGUUCUGCCUCAUUAGUAUUUCUAUCGAACGAGCGUCUAUUAUGUUUCGAUGUUUGUAUUCCCCAUGUUUAUACCGAUCAUCUCAGGGAUUCUCACGGCGAUUGUAAUAUCCCACGCCAGGAGCGUGCACUGACAUAAAAUAAUUAUUUUUCUCGUAUAUUUUUCGUUAAACAUAGAAAAGAAGAGAAAGAAAUGUCCCCUUAAAAAAUAUCCUGAGCGACAUCUUAAUUAACCUAAUUGCCAUUGUCUCGAUCCUUUUCUCUAUGGAUAUAUUAUUCGAAAUGCGAUACUGACUCGUUGAAAAUAAUGUAAAAAUAAGAACAAAAAAAAUGAAAAAA